AGGAGUGGGCGGGGUUACGCAGACAGCUGCUGCUCGUUUGGAGUCGACUGCUGCAGUGUUAAGGACGAGUGUGAGCUAUGGUCCUGUUUUGGUGGUCAACUUUUCUUGGAUGACUUUUUGUUGCACGAGUCAAUCCCAUCUUGAAUUGGCACUGGCUGAUUCUGCUAUUGUUUGGAGCCUUUUUCAUUUACCCAAGCUGUGAGAAUGACAUUAGACUGAACCCAGCUUGUUCAAGCGUGGUGUGGAUAUUUUAAAUUGUAGGCAGAGCUUCACCUCCAUGUUAAUGCCAUGUAUUAACAAGGCCUUCAGUUAAGGUAUGCCUGGCUGACAAAAGGCCACGUCUCUCUCUUUGUCCUGCUGUGAUGCGAGGGCUCAGCUGCAGAAUGAACGUGGCAGCGGUGCUGAAUGGAUUGCUAGUUUCGAUUCUGGCCGCAGUCUUGUGGAAAUAUGUCAAGCUGCGGGAGCAUGCGUUUUCAGUGGAAGAGGAGCUGCUCCUUUCGCAACAGUCCCAGGAGCUGUCUCAGGUCCGCAUCGACUAUCAUGGUGCUUUGCAGUCCUUGCAAGAGGAAGGUACCCGUAUGGUGUGCACUGGCAAGAUGCACACGGACCGCAUUUGCCGGUUUGAUUAUCUCUGCUACUCUACCGAGGCAGAAGAGUUCGUCUUUUUCCACAGUAACGAUUCCGUAAUGGUACCCAACCUGGGCUCAAGAAGGUUCCAGCCUGCUCUGCUCGACCUUUCCUCUGUGGAGGACCACAACACCCAGUAUUUCAACUUCCAAGAGUUACCGGCCCCUGCCCUCAAGUUUAUGCCCAAACCUGUGUUUGUGCCAGACGUCACCCUUAUCCUGAAUCGCUUCAAUCCGGAUAACUUGAUGCAUGUUUUCCAUGACGAUCUUCUUCCAAUCUUUUACACCAUGAAGCAGUACCCUGACCUUGACCAGGAAGCGCGUUUGGUCUUCAUGGAAGGCUGGAAUGAAGGUUUGCAUUUUGAUCUCUACCGCUUGCUCAGUAACAAGCAGCCUUUGUUGAAAGAUCAACUGAAGAAUUUUGGGAAGCUGUUAUGCUUCACUAGAUCAUAUGUUGGACUUUCUAAGAUUACUACAUGGUACCAAUAUGGCUUUGUGCAACCACAAGGCCCCAAAGCUAACAUUUUGGUGUCAGGAAUGGAAAUUAGGAAAUUUACUCAGUUUCUGAUGGAUAAGCUAAAUGUAAGCUUGGAGGAGAAUUCGAUUGGGGAAGAGUACAUUGUGGUUUUCAGCCGCACCAUCAACAGACUCAUUCUCAACGAGGCCGAGCUCAUUUUGGCACUUGCUCAAGAGUUUCAGAUGAAAACAGUCACCGUGUCAUUGGACGACCACUCUUUUGCUGACGUAGUGCAGAUCAUUAGCAAGGCUUCCAUGCUGAUUAGCAUGCACGGUGCCCAACUCAUUUCGUCUAUCUUCCUCCCCAGAGGAGCUGUCGUCGUGGAGCUUUUCCCCUAUGCAGUGAAUCCAGAUCAUUACACACCUUAUAAAACUUUGGCCUCUCUGCCUGGAAUGGAUCUCCAGUACGUUGCAUGGCAAAACACUAUAGAAGAAAAUUCUGUGGCUUUCCCGGACAGGCCCUGGGAUCAAGGGGGCAUAGGUCAUUUGGAAAAAGAAGAGCAGAUACGCAUUAUGAAAAGUGAAGAAGUCCCUCGGCACCUCUGUUGCCGUAACCCCGAAUGGCUCUAUCGCAUUUAUCAGGAUACAAAAGUGGACAUACCCUCUCUGAUCGAAACCAUCCGUCAGAGCAUUAAAACAAAGCCUAGUGUGAAAAAGGUAAAGAUGGCCAGUGUUGUUCACCCCGGGAAAGUUAGGGAGGCCAAAUGCCAAGCUUCCGUCCAUGGUACCAAUGAAGCCAAGCUGACUGUUUCCUGGCAGAUUCCUUGGAAUCUGAAGUACUUGAAAGUGAGGGAAGUCAAAUACGAGGUAUGGAUUCAAGAGCAGGGAGAGAACACUUACAUGCCUUAUAUAUUGCCCCACCAGAAUUACACUUUUUCAGAGAACAUCAAACCUUUUGCAACCUAUCUGGUAUGGAUACGCUGCAUAUUCAACAAGCACCUUUUGGGUCCAUUUGCAGACGUGCUGGUUUGUAGAACAUAACAAUGGACGACAGAGAAGGGACAUCCUGUACUGGAGGCAGUCCUGACAAGCUGCAUUCUCCUGGGUAUUCGGUCAUUGCUAGAGGAUAUUUGGUUGAACGCAGGUUUUAUAACCUGUUUGAGUAGGAAGUGGACCUCAUUUUGUUAGGUCGAGUUCAGAAUGGCGUAAGAUGAGACCAGAAAUGAAGAGUGCAUCUUAGAGUAGGCCAUGUGGGACAGUUUGUAGUCUACCUUAAAUUUGGUCUUGGUUGGUGAUACAAGUGACUGCUGACUGAAAUGUGUGGAGGCCAAAAAAUUUAAAGGACAUGAAAAAAGCAUUCAUCCAACAAAGACCCAUGAUUGGUGCACUUUUCCGCAUAAAACAAUUGUUUUCCAUUUGUCUUAAUAUGUAAAUACAGUAUGAUUGGGUGUAUGUGGACUCAUUUAUUAUUUUUGUAGAUUCAAACUGGUGUUUCUAGGUGAUCCAGUUCAAGUUUACUGCAUAUUUUCUUUCUAAUUAAUAAGAGCUAGCGCAAAAUUUAAAGUACAUCA